ACCGUUGUAACUCAUUCCCCCUUAAGCCAGGUUCCCGUUUCUCUGUACCUUUUCAUUUAGCGACUAAACUUUCAGAGUUACUCAUCGUGUUGUUAAUUUGUAAGAUAAUUUUUACGGCUUGAACAUCUUUGUACACGAGAAACUGUGACAUCCAAGUCAACGUAAGAAUGGGUUCAUUUGUUAGGAUAUCAGCAUUGCUAGUGGCAGAUCUGUUAGCUGAUUUUGCAAUGUAUGUGAUGGUGAACUACUUGACAAAUGUCUGGAAUCUUAAUAGUACACAUGCUGCUGGUAUUAUAAAUAUUUGGAACGGAAUCACACCAGCUUUAACGAUUGUGUUUGCAUUUGUUGUUGACACCUUCAUGGGUGACUACUAUAUGCUUCUGCUGUCUAGCACUGCGUACACUAUAGGAUUAGGAUUCUUAUUCAUGUCAACCCCUCCUGUCCUUGGCCCAUGUAGCGACUACAAGGAGGAAUGUGUUGGGUACACACAAAAAGUCUUGUUGUUUACAGCUUUACCAUUGAUAGCAGUCGGAAUGGCUGGUCAUGUAGUCUCGCUAAAGUCAUUUUUAGAUCUACAAACAAAAAGUGAAAAUGAAGAUGAAGCUAAAGAUGGAGAUAAAAGUAUUUGGCAAAUAGCAGGUGUGGUUAUAGUGGUGGUGGCAUCAAUUGUUGGAGGUAUUGCACUUCCAUAUAUAAAGCCAUGGUCAAUCCGUUUUGGGAUUCCGGCUAUAUCUUCGUUGGUUGCAACCCUUCUGUUCUUGAGUGGAUCUCGAGUGUACAAACCUUGUAACCCAGCAGAGGGGAGCCCGUUAACAAGUACCUUGAGAGUUUUUGUAGCUGCUGCUCGUAACUUUUCUCAACCAUUUCCCGAUCAUAAACAGCUCUAUAAUGGUCAAGAUGCUCAUUCCACCAGCAGCCUCAGGUGCUUAGACAAGGCAGCUAUUCAGUUACCAGAACAGCAUCAGUCUGAAAAGUGGAGGUUCUGCAGUGUUCGCGAAGUAGAAGAUACCAAAAUCGGUAUUCGUAUGGCACCGAUGUGGCUAACCUUCAUAGUGAUUGGGAUUGUGCUUUCUACUGGAAACACUUACUUUCUUGAGCAAGCCAAUCGGAUGGACAGUAAACUUGGACGAAUAAAUGUCUCAAUUCCAAUCUUUCUUAUGUUCUAUACACUCUCCAGUGGCAUAUCUGCAUCCUUUUAUUCCUUAUUGACCAAGUGUAUGCCAAACAAAAAGUAUGCCCCCCCAGUCGGGAUCGUCACAGCUAUGGUUAUCUCAGUAUCCUGUUGCAUCACUGCUGCAAAAGUGGAAACUCGAAGGCUUGAUGUGAUUAAGGAUCACGGGUUGCUAGACAAGCCUAACCAGAGGAUCCCAAUGAGUAUAUUUUGGCUGCUUCCACAGUUUGUACUCCUUGCAGCCGUUGAUGGGAUUGCUAAUACGAGUAUCACAAGCUUCUUCAAGCACCAAGCGCCCAAAUCAAUGAAUAAAUAUUUCAUGUAUUUCACAAAGGGUGUGCUUGGAUUAGGAACCAUGGCUAGUGUUUUGUGUGUCGGUAUUGUGGGGAAGGUGAGUGAGGGAUACCAAAAGCGGAACUGGUUUCAGGCUACAUUGAAUGAGAGCCGUUUGGAUCGGUAUUAUUGGACAUUGGCUGCACUAAGCUCAGUUAAUACUGUUAUCUAUAUCAUUGUUGCCUCCUUCUACAAGUAUAAGGAAUCACCGGAUGAUGGUGAUGAUGAAGCAGAAGGGGGAGAAAUGAAAGAGGAAUUCCAAGAUGACGUGAAAUGUUGCUGUUGAAAUGGUUAUUGUGGGUGUCAAUUCUUAUGGUGUAAUUAAGAGAAAAUGCCUUUGGGAAACUUUCCAUAUAUAUGCAGUUUUUUGUUUUAGAUUAAGAUAGUAUUUUAUUUAGUAUAAAUAAGGGUGAAGGUUUGUUUUAAUCAUUAAGUUUUUCCAGCAAUUAGGCAUUGACUCAUUGUGGAACAUGUAAUCAAAGUUUCUUUGUGUUCUUAUUUUUUUUCCCUGCCUCUUCGUGUUUUUCCUUCC